AUGAUCCUCGCUCACAACGUUCCACGCUCUGAGGACACGGUUCCUCACUUUGAGGGCAAGGUUCCUCACACUAAGGACAAGGUUCCUCACUCUGAAAACAAGGUUCCUCACUCUGAGGACAAGGUUCCUCACUCUGAGGACAAGGUAAAUCACUCUGAGGUCCACUCUGAGGACAAGAUUCCUCACUCUGAAUGCAGGUUCCUCACUCUGAAGACAAGGUUCAUCACUCUGAGGACGAUGCUCUUCACUCUGAGGACAGGGUUCUUUACAAUGAGGACAAGGGUCCGCACCCUGACAACAAGGUUCCUCACUCCGAGCACAAGGUUCCUCACUCUGAGGACAAGGUAAAUCACUCUGAGGACAAGGUAAAUCACUCUGAGGUCAGUUUCCUAACUCUGAGGACAAGGUUCCCCACUCUGAGGACAAGGUUCCUCACUCUGAGGAAAAGGUUCCUCACACUGAGGACAAGGCUCCUCACACUGAGGACAUGGUUCCUCACUCAGGGGACAAGGUUCCUCACUCUGAGGACAAGGUUCCCCUCUCUGAGGACAAGAUUCCUCACUCUGAAUGCAGGUUCCUCACUCUGAAGACAAGGUUCAUCACUCUGAGGACGAUGCUCUUCACUCUGAGGACAGGGUUCUUCACAAUGAGGACAAGACAAGGACGACAAGGUUCUUCACUCUGAUGAAAAGGUUCCUCACGGAUCCUCACUCUGAGGACAAGGUUCCUCACUCUGAGGACAAGGUUCUCCACUCUGAGGAAAAGGUUCCUCGCUCUGAGGAGAAGGUUCCGCAUUCUGAAGGCAAAUUCCUCACACUGAGGACAAGUUUCCUCGUUCUGAGGACAAGUUUCCUCACUCUGAGGACAAGGUUCCUCGCACUGAGGACAAGGUACCUCAACCUGAGGACGAGGUUCCUCACACUGAGGACAAGGUUCCUCACUCUGAGGACAAGGUUCUUCACUCUGAGGACAAGGUGCCUCGCUAUGAGGACAAGGUUCCGCUCUCUGAAAGCAGGUUCCUCAAACUGAGGACAA